AUGGUUCAUUUCCACAAAGGUAUGGCUAAGUCCCACGAAGUACGCUUUUGGAAUGUACUUAAUCUCUGGGAUCGUCCUGUUGAUCGAGCUACUGUUUUGAACCUCAUCCGUGGAGUUCAUGAUCAGGUGUUUAAUGCCUGGUCCCAGGAUAAUGCCAAUCCUAAGGGUUUCCUAACAUCACGCUCGAACAAAGAGGCACUGAGAACUAGAUUUGGUGCUUUAGGACCACAGAUACCAGUGCCUAUCCCAAAUAUGACUCCAGCUGCUCUUGGCGAGGCUCUAUUCAAUAUUUAUUGUUGUUCACGAUGCCGUUAUCCUACUGACUGGGGACUAGCACCGUUAGUACCGCGUAAGUAUUCAAAGGAAGCACGACAAGCCAAGGCAAUCAGCCUAGCUAAGGCAGCCCAAGCAACAGCACAAGCAACAGCACUAACAGCACAAGCAGCAGCAGUGCAAGUAACCACACACAUAGCAACAACAGCCGCGCUCAAAGCUACAGGGCAGGAUCUACCGAGGUUGGCACGGGACCCCCCGAAGGAAGCCCCAUUGCUACCCGCAACAUUAGGGCAACCAUCAGUGUUCGCACAGCGGGAAAUUCAGGACGAGGUGCGCCAACUUCAAGCAGAUAUCUCAGAUGAGGAGGCAGAGGAAGAACCAAACGCAACGCACAUAGGUUACCUCAAGGCACAACUCGGGCAUUUCGAAGGCCAGCUCAUGAAUAUGCAGCUGCCCCCGCUGGCACCAGCACCUGGACCUGCCCCUGGACCUGCCCCUGGACCUCCAGCAAACUAA